AUGCCUUCCUCAUCAUCAAUCAGCGUACUCGUAUCCACCUUCCAUCCAUUCCCAACUCUCUCAUUUUCUCUUCCAAAGACGACACCGAUAUCCAAGCUACCAUCCAUCUUAAACCCGAUCCUCCCCUUACCCCACCAAUCUCUCUCGACCAGUAACGGGAAAUCCAUCACUAAUCAAACCACAGGAUCUUUAUCAUCUCUUCUCUCUCAAGAUGACCAAGCUGCGCUCUUGUGUUUCAGACUUGUCCCUAAAGUCUUGGGUGGAAAGGGGGGUUUCGGUAGUCAGCUGAGAGCCGCUGGCGGUAGGAUGAGUUCACAAAAAACUCAAAAUAAUGAUUCGUGUCGAGAUCUAAGUGGGAGAAGACUUUCGACAAUCAAAGAAGCUCAAAAACUCGCAGCAGCGAUAGCCGCAGAGCCGGAGCGUCAACUAGCCAAGCGAAAGGAAGCUGAGGAGAGGCUAGAAGGCCUCAAAAAAGAGAUCGAAAGACUGGACAAUCUAGUGAAUGGGACGGAUGAGAUGAAUCUCAAGAAACGAAGAUUGAACGAUAGCCAUCUACUCACCCAGUCCAAGGAAGGCAUCGAGAAAGUGCGAAACGCGACCUCGUUGGCGAUGCUCAAGAAGAAGAAGAAGUUACAGCAAGAGCGAAAAAAGACGACCGGGAAACCCACGCUCUCCAGUUCGGCGAUUGCGGAAGAAGAGGAAAGCCAAGUCGCCCCAGUCGAACCCCAAUCCAGCACUGAACCAACUUCCCCACUCAAUCUUGAAGAUCAACGCGCCAAAUCAACCAAACUCCAACUUCCAGUCUCCGAAGCCUCCUCACCCGCCAACGUGGACGGGCCAGCUCAACAGUCGGCCCCGUCUCCACCUCUCGCCAUUACCCCCUCUUCACCUAGCAAAGUCGGCCAAGCGGACUGCCAGUCAUAG